AUGCCCUCCUUAGGAUCAUUAAAGCCACGUGCGGCUGACAGCCUCAGACCCACAUUGCUCGAAUACAUGUAUGACCUCGCACAACCCACCUCGACCCCACCCGUCUUCAACGCCCGCAAAACAAAAGAAACCCACAACCUCAAGCCCCACCCAGUGACAGGCCGUCUCAUCGACUCCCACCCCGGCGCCCGCACCCGUCCCAUGCGUGUUCUGAUGCUUGGCAUGUCCCGUACCGGCACCAUGUCCCUCUUCACCGCACUCACCCAACUCGGCUACAAACCCUACCACAUAUCCAAUCUAGACGUCUGGAGGCAGGGACUAAACGUCAAGUUCAACGGGGUCGGAAAACCUUGGGGACGGGAAGAGUUCGAUAAGAUUCUAGGGGAGUAUGACGCUGUCGCUGAUGUGCCGUGUAUAUGUUUCGCGGAGGAGCUGGUGAAAGCGUACCCUGAGGCGAAGGUGGUGCUGAGUAUGAGGGAUGUGGACAGUUGGUUGGGGAGUAUGGCGAGUUCGGCGGCUUUUUUGGGAGCAUGCGAAGAUUGUUAUGCCGGCUUUUUUUUCGAUGACUUUUCGAGCACGAGUCCGGCGAGAGGGGCGUUUGAGAGGCAUUAUGAGCAUGUUAGAGGGCUUGUACCGAAGGAGAGGUUGUUGGAGUUCAGAGUGCAGGAGGGGUGGGGACCGCUUUGUGGUUUUCUUGGGCAUGAAGUACCGCAAGGGGAGUUCCCGAGGAUUAAUGAUAAGAGGGCGUUUGUGUUUGCGCAUGGGGUCAUAUGGUGGAUGGCGUUUGGAAAGAUGGUGGUGAAGACGGGGUGGAUUUGGGGGCCGGUCGUGCUUGGAGGCGUGGGGUGGUGGUCUGGAUGGUUGAGGAAUGACAUGUGA